GUGUGUGAGGGGACGGUGUUGUGCGAGGCAGCGAGGGGCGCCCCGGACAGUAAGCGACCGUCCUGUGUGUGUGUCUCCCACCUCCUGCCGCUCUCCCAAUUAUGCCCUGAUUUUUAGGGCUUUAAGAAUGGAAGAGCGGCGUGUGGCAGAUUAUUUUGUGGUGGCAGGACUACCAGAAAAGCUACUGCCACUUGCCGACUUCUCAUGUGAUGGUGCCACGCUCAAGUCAACACACAACCUGCCGCCCAUCACUGACAUUGCCGUAAUCAACCGCUCUCUAGGAGAAAUAGUGCCAGAUGGAUUCACUUGUAUAGAGAUAACACCAACUGGUCUCGUGGCUAACCUGAAUUAUGGAGCGCUUCGUGCUCCGGAAAUGUUCCUCUGUUAUAGACGAGGGCGCGACAAGCAGCCACUGGUGGACAUUGGAGUACUGUACGAGGGUCGGGAGCGUGUAAUGGCAGACUCGCAGGUUGUGGAAUUUACGCAUGGGGGACGCAGUGCAAAUAUCAACCCUUCCGGCCAAACCACGUACAUGACAUAUAGGCGGGCGAGUGACAACGCUGCGUGCAAUGAAUUGGUGGUGUCCGAUGUGUGUGUUAUAAUGACUAAUCGAGGAGACCAAGCUCCUCACUCCUACUGCACCAUCGACCGCAAUCUCAAUAAGGGAACAAUGGUUGGGUCAGACAUCUAUGUUUGCUACAAAAAAUCUAUGAAUCGGUCGAAUUACAUAGCGUACAUGGCUGGUGUGCUCGACUACUUCCCAUUUCUCCAACGUCCCGAUUUCCCCAUCCCAACGGAUUUGGCACUCUUUUGCCUUCCCAUGGGAGCCACGCUGGAGUCGUGGCCUGCGCGUGCCAUCAAGCCCCAGCCUGUCUUCUCCACCUUUGUGCUGACGGUCACCGCAGGAGAGGGAAACGCCGAAGCUGUGGAAAAAGUGUAUGGGGCAGCAGUGACUUUUUAUGAAAAAUACCCUCAUGGGCAUUUGUCUCAGGAACAGAGAGAAACCCUUAAAUUAAAUGAACAUUUUGGGAGACACAAUGUUGUCCACACCAAUAAGUGCAUCUGCAUACUUUCCCGCUGGCCUUUUUUUGAUACGUUUGACAAAUUAUUAAGAUAUCUUCAUAAUAUGGCUAACUCAGGACCACACACAGUACCCAUAGAGAGAUACGUCUAUCACUUCUUGGAGUGCGUACCAUUUCCCAGUGCUCGAAGACCCAGAAUCCUUAUUCAACUGGAUGCCAAAGAGCGCAUAUCUCUAGCACAGCCUGAAGACUCUCCGAUAUGUUUAAGCGGCGCCAAGUUCCGGCAGUUGGUGAUGAACCUUCGUCCAGAGGGCUGCCUCACAGUUCUGCUCUUCGCACUCACGGAACAGAAGAUCCUCUUGCACUCUCUCAGACCCGAUGUUCUCACGGCAGUUUCCGAGGCUAUCAGUAUGAUUAUUUUCCCCUUCCACUGGCAGUGCCCAUACAUCCCACUGUGUCCGCUGGGGCUCUCCGACUUCCUCAAUGCACCCAUCCCUUUCCUGCUUGGCUUGGACUCCAGAUUCUUUGAUCUUUACGACCCUCCGUCUGAUGUGAUUUGCAUAGAUCUUGACACGGGAGCCAUGUCUGUGCCUGAUGACAAGAAACACCUGGUAACGAAGAUCCUUCCCAAUCGUGCAGCUCGUAUCCUCCGUGCAUCUCUAGAGAGCCUCUGUGAGAGGAUCAUUAAGUUCGAGAGGUCUCUACAGCAACAUCUCAAGUCACAAAAAAUUGAACCUGAUGGCAGCAUUGAUUCUGAUUUCAAAAUGAAGAGAAAAGAGCAACAACUUGACGUGGAGAUCCAGGAAGCAUUCCUGCGCUUCACUGCGACAAUACUUAAAGGCUACAGUGCCUACUUGCUGCCAAUUGUCUCCGCUAAAGCUGGCGCUGCUUGCGAUACGUCGUCAUUAUUUGAUCUUGAUGCUUUUGUUAAAUCCAGAGACAAGAAGUACCACAAGUUUUACCAACUGUUAGUGAAUACACAAAUGUUCAGCAAGUUCAUAGAGGAACGUUCGUUUGUGUCGGAUAAGGAUGCCUCCUUGGCUUUCUUUGACGACUGUGCCGAGAAGGUAAUUGACGACGAUACCAGCAUUCGCUUGCUCGAGGUGGAGAUGGCCCACAGUGAACACACACUCUUCCUUCCUCCACCAGAGCCUCUCUACCUUCCUGAGGGGGUUACCUACAGUUACUGUGGUUUCCCCAAGCUUAAACCUGAGCUUUUUCCUAUGCACGAACCCAAGCCCGUGUUGCCACCUCAGGUGAAGGCCCCUCAGACUGCACCAGCCUCCCCUCUGGCCCGACGCACAAAGCAGGAAGUAAAGACGGAUCAGAGACUGGCGUCGAGGUAUUCUCAGACACCCAUACUCUGGGCCAAGUGUUUGCUUUCUACGUGUUAUAGCCUGUGGUUUACGCAGCUGCCAGCAUUUGCCCUCACACAGCAUCACAAGGCUCGCUUCCUACAGUUGGCAUUCAAGAUCCUCACUAACAUGCAGAAGCUGCAUCUAUCACAGGCUGAUGAAGUGAGCUACCGAGUAAUGAUGCAGCUGUGUGGCCUCUACUCCCAGCCCAUCCUGGCUGUCAAAGUAUUGUGCGAGAUGCGACAACACGGCAUCACGCCUAACGCCAUUACUUAUGGGUACUACAAUCGGGCUGUUAUGGAAAAUAAGUGGACCCAUUCAAACCUCUUUUGGAACAAGCUCAGGAAUGUUGUAAUUGGUGUGUCUGCAUUUAAACGUUCGGGCCUGGAGCGAGCACAGAGAAGAAAAUCGUCUCUCUCCCUGGAUGUGGUGGACAAGUGUCUAAUGGAUGCUGACAGUGCCUCACGAGUGUCGCUGGAGAGUGGCACAUCCUUGGACUCGCACCCACCUGCACCUCACACCAAGACUGACACUUUAAGCUCAGAUCCAGGGUACUGCUCUGUUAGUGAAACGAGUGAGUGUGUCAGUUCUCCUGGUGCUCCCCCGACAGCUGUGCCAGUUACUAAAGACCCCACUCCUGGGAGUACUGGCACAACCAGUGCCUCAUCCUUUCCCUUCCCAGCAUCUUCCUUCCAUGAUACUAACAUUCUUGCUCACUCACCGUCCUCUUCUUCAUCAAACACUAAAAUAAAACUGUCAGGUUCAUCAGUUUCCAUUGCAUCAGCCUCUUCAGCUUUGAAAUCUACUUCCAUUCUUGAUACUGUUACGCCUGUUUUAACUUCUCCGCCUUCAGGUUCCGACCCUGCUGUAACUGCCCCUACUCUUUCACGCAUUGGCAAUACAGCAGCAGCCGCAUCGGUCCUUCCUAUUGGCACUACCAUGUCGUCCAUUAAUACUACCAACGUUGCCGUUUCUGUCAACACGGUUAUCACAUACUCUACAACCACCACUACCAUCACCACUACCACAUGUACCAGUACCUCAUCAGUUAUUCCCUCCACCACCAGUUCUACAAACAUAGCAGUAACUCCCUCCGCCACUUCUCUUACUUCACCCUUAUGCUCAUCUUCAUCAUUGUCUUCUAUUGCCACCAUAGCUCCUUUGAGCAGUGUCAUUACUGCAGAUUCAUUAUCAUCAUCACCGUCAUCGUCUGCACCUUUACCUCCACUUCCUCUUAUCGUUUCUGCGCCUUCAUCGGUAAGUUUAGUUCCAUCUUCAUCAUCAUUGCUCACUACAAUGGCCCCGUCCUCUGCAUUGGCUUCCACUUCCUCUGUCUCCUCUUGCGCCACAAGUCAAGUACUAGACUUCUCUGAAUCAGAUGCACUGCGAGCAAGACUGGGCAGCAUAGUGAGGUCGUCGGCAGCUAGUCUUGCCAGCGGUGCCAACCUUCUUGUGAUUGAGUACAAUGUGGCGUUCAACAGUAGUGCCGGCCUGCUCAUGUCAAGUGCCCUGGACAACAGUGUGUUUGAAAACCCCUCAAGGAUCCGGCAGAGACCAACAGAUCUAGCGGAUGCACUUUCUCCUACAUUAGAUCAGUACGACAAAAUGAGCGAGGCAACUGCCGUGAGAACGUCGCCCGAGGUGCCUAUAUCGGUGGCGCAGGACAAGGUGGUGCCGGAGUAUCUCAGAUCCGACAGCUACGGCAGUGAUGCUAAGAUAAUUACCAAUCUUCUGCGUCUGGCUAAGGUUGAGAUUGAGCCACUAACUCAAGUUGGCCAAUUUCGAGCCAGCAGCAACACUCCACAGAGCGAAAUUAAUAAGUGUUCCACUGAAGCGUUAGACCAAGAUUCUUCAUUUCACAAUGAUGGAGGCGAUGUAGAUCCUCUGUCUCACAGUAAUGAUAGUCUGAGUGAUAUUUCUGAGGAAGAAGCUGGGCCAAGAGCUGGCUUAGUGCAGGGAUUUUUUUCCCGAAAUGCCCCAGAGAGGUUAUCUAGUCUGUUCAAGCGAAGUGUGGACAGUGCUGAUGAAAAGAUUCGUGGAUUCUGGAGAAGAAGUGGUAGUGUGAGCCGGUCCAGCAGUAAAGACUCGGUUAACUUGGAACAGGGUGUCACAGAGUAUAUUGAUGGCAUCAGGGAAGACUCUGUUAGCAAGAGUUAUGAGAGUAAAAGUAGUGCAGAUAGAAGCAGUGAGGAAAAGACUCUGGAACCCCCGAAGGCGAGUGAUGUGGACGGCACACAAGUUAAGAGUAAUGUGUUGCUUCUUCCUCAACGAUCUCCUAAUAUUAAUAUCGACAGAUCUUCCAAUUAUUCUCCCAUACCAUCUAGUCCUAAGCGUACUCCUAUCACCGAAAAUGAUCCACUUGGAGCAUUUAGCACAUUUCAGGGAAGUGAGAACAAUGACUCGGCAUCUGGAGAAGGCCCACCCUCUAGUACCCAUGAUUCACCUUUGAGGCACAGUGCCACAAGUGAUGAAUCGGAGAUGUCCUCUCUCAACUCUGGUCACGGUAGCCAUCACCGUCGAGUGUCUCGUAGAGUUUCACGCAGUGCCACAUUCACUGGCCGUAGCGGCCAGGACACAACGAAGCAACGUGUUGUACAACGAUCAUCAAAUUCACUCUGGGCACUGUCUUCCACACCUAGUCCAACCAACACCUCCAAAACUUCUCACCCAACCCGUGCACAUUCCUCUGAGCGUGCAGAUCCCGAUGACCCUGCCCACUCGGCUCUGGUGGCUUCAACGCCCACUUGGCCAUCCCUUAAACUCUCCUUCAGUAACAGUAGCAGUCGUCUCGGCCUGGCUUCCAACAUGGCCUCCGUGGGUCUACGGCAAGCCACUAAGCAAAUAGAGCAGCUACGAACUCAGUACAUUCACCCGGCCAUGGCCGAUCUGGGCCAAUACAGCCCUAGUAACUUCAAUUACCGGAAGAAUGAACUGAUAUCUGGCGGCCUCAGUAGUGUGAAGUCGGCAGUAACGUCACUCUCCAAGAAAUAUAAUGAAAUUCGUGAGGCUAUGACCGCCACCAACACCCCCGUGAGAGGGGGCAUGUACAGCUGCAGCACCAGUAUGCCAACAUCCAGCUUCUUUGAUAACUAUUUUCGUGGGCGUACAGGGGAUGGCGAUGGCGAUGAAGACAGCCUCGACGGCUUUUGGAGUAGAAGAGAGUCGACAGACGUGCAAGGUAUAGAGCCGUUGGACGCCCCCGGAGCCAUCUUUCUUGGAGGGUCAGGUUUUGCAGCAGCAGGCAGCGAGGGAGAAGCUGUCUCGAUGCAGCAGGACCUCUUCCCUCCACUCGGCUGGGACCCUGCAGGGCCAUUCUGCCUAGGUCUCUGGCUCACGUCAUGUACGCGGUGCCACAACUGUGCUGCGCUUCUCUAUGAUGAAGAAAUCAUGGCCGGAUGGAGACCCGAUGACUCUAAUCUCAAUACCAAAUGCACAUUUUGUGAGAAGAUGACUGUGCCGCUCCUUACAAUCACAAUAUACGAUCUUCGGCAACAACCGAGACCAUCUAAAGACACAGAAGAUCCAUUGGAGUCUGGGAAACCAAGACCAGGUGUGGGGAUCUUUCCAGCUCCCACUGGAGGCACAGGUGAUGCUCCGGACCGAAGUGUUUUGGCCAGGGAGGUCGUGAAGGAUGACGGGAAGCUGGACUCUCAGUUAAAGGAUCAAAUUGGAUCUCAGCUGCAAAAGGGUGUGCGUUGCGAGCCAAUAACUGUUCCGUACCUGAGUCCUCUAGUGCUACGCAAGGAGUUGGAAACUGUGCUUGGCCACGAGGGUGACACUUGCCUUACUGAUGCCGCCUUCACUGACCACCAUCCCAUCCUCUACUGGAACCUGCUUUGGUACUUCUGUCGGCUGAGGGUUCCCAGUCACUUGCCGGGCCUGUGUCUGACCGCCGCCACCGUCGCCCGUGACCGAGUACCACAUCCAUCCUGGGACGGAGCAGACUGGCAGAAUGUCUACAUCAGAUGCUUGUGGGAUAACACCAAGUAUCACGAAGAGCUGGGCCAGCCCAUGUAUGUGCAGUGGCAGCAGGACAAGAGACCAUCGCAGUUGGUGUCGGCGCUGGUGAAGGAGCGCAGCAAGGUGCCCAGGGAUGUUAUACAGAGCGUGAUAACGGCGGUGCACAUUGACGACCUGACCAUGGCCAUGAAGCUGGUGCUGCAGGAGCUGCGCAAGCGGCCCGCUCUACACAAGAAAAACCACUUUCCCAUAUACAGAGAUCUGCUCUUUCUGGCCUCUUCCUGUAUCCCGCCCGCCCAACUUAAUCUCACAUCAUUUGACCGUGAGUACCGUCGUGCAUACGAGCGCAAUGAACAGUCCUAUGGCAAGCUGCUGUCACGUUCAGAUACGCCUCCCCCCAUUGCUGCCGUCUUCUGCCGCCGUUACUUCAGUCAGCUCAGCCUGUGAUACCCGACUCCCUGCUCGAUGCCGGGGACCUGCAACUUGCACUCAGGACCUGCCUAGGGUACUCUAGGUUCCUGAUGUAAAACACGGCCCUAAUGACAGCUGGGGGCUGUUCCUCUGGUAGUUUGAGAUGUACCCUUGGCAUGUUUAACUUGAAAACCCUACAUACAAAUGCCUACAUUAAACUUUUUAAGGUUUUGGAUGAAAUUUGCUGUAAAAAUGAAUGCUUUAACAAAAAGAUUGUGCUAUAAUUUCAAAUAUUAUCAUGGGUCUGGUUUGCACAAUGACAUCAAAAGAACGUGAUGUACGUAUGAGAAAAUACUGAGGUCGUGAAAUGAGAUCCAACCUGCACUCGUGGGCUCCCCAGACACACCCACUACCCACCUAACUACUGUGACCUUGGUAUGGUUGUUGAUAGUGCAUGUGUCUCGAGAGUCCAGGGAUACCAGAUUGAUCCUAUUGCAUGCCCUUGGUAUUUUCUCGUGGGUCUGGGUUGCUACGAUAGUUGGUAAAGCUCGUGCCAGCUUUGGUUUCUCAAUGGGCUGUUCAUUCCCACUUGCUGUGAGAAUAUAAGCAAGGCCUUUAAGUGUUCUUAUGUUUUAGUCCAAGGAAAGGCUUCAGUAUAUGGUAGAACCCACAGCUAUCUGCCUAAAUGUUUACCUACUGGGUAUUAUGUAUAGGGACAUAAUGACAGAAAUAUAUACCAUUUUGCAAAAUGUUUUGUAAAUUUAGCUACCCAAACUUUUUUUUUAAUUGGGGGUAGUGGAGAAUGGGACAAAUAAUAAAAGUGUGUAAAUAAAAGAAUCACUGGAUAUUUUGGACUUUGUGGAUUUUAUUUUUCAGCUUUUGGAGUAGGCUCAUUUCUUCUCGUUUCCACGCAUGUGAAAAAGUGGCCCGAGGCCGUGUUUGUGCGUUGCUUACAGGUGAUCGUAUACAAAGCCCCAACACAGCCCAUUUUAUGACUGGAGAUGGUCUAUUAUAAUCAACAGGUGAGCAACAUGCCCUCAUCCCCUCCACCCUUACUUUUAAUGUUAGAUCUGGGAACGUGUGCCUGAUGCAGCGAUGAAGCGAGAGGUGGCAGUGCUCUCACGCUACACAUCCUGUGCAUAGUAGAAAGAAGAGUUUGCAAGAAAGAAAGAAAUUUUAUAUUCUGUGUAUGUUUAUACAGUAUUCUGUUUUUAUUUGAUGUGGUGUAACUUGGAAAUUGACAAAUAUUUUUUUGUUCUUUGUCCUGCAGCUGGCUACUCUUGCUUAAGGACUUUUUAUAUAUUUAUAUUUUGUUCUUGUGGUAGUGCUAUGUGAUACUAGCUAUUAAAAAGCUGAAUUAUAUUAGCAAUUAUACCUUUCUGAAAGUUUCUGGUCAUACAGUAUAGUGUAUCUUGGUUACCAAGUUGCAGGUGUUGCAUUAAGACUGUAGUCUUGACCGGCAUCUUCAUGUUCUUCUACAGGUAAUAGUAAGAUGUACUCUACAACAAAAUCAACAAUGAUUUUAUCACUAGUUAAAAUACUAACCUGUAACCCUCGUGAAACAAGCUAAUUCAGAGCGGCAAUUUGUGGGGGAUCAUUUUCUCUAUUGACAUAGCAGAUAUUUUUUAUGAAAUUCCUGUAAACAAUUUGCAAUAACUCUUGCAUUGCUUCCUCCCUAUUUUUGCACGACAAAGGAAGUUGGACAAACAAUGGCAGCUUAUGAUCACAAAUGAAAGCAUUCAAUCAGUAGUUUUGUUGAGUGACAGGAACCAUGCCUGAUGGAAAUACUACAGCUGUCUCUCACUCGAGGUAACAGUCCUUAGGUCAGAAAGAUUAGUCAAGUUUGGGGCCUUUAUAUAAGUGUUACUGGAUUAAAAUACGUUUGUGCGUACCACGGAGAGUAGUGUCCUCCACCUAAUGUGAUUGACAAAGAUGAUUAGAUGCAUAUAGAUAAUGAGUCAGGAGAAGUGCCAUUUGUUACCAAAUUAGUUUUUAGGGUAAUAGAAUUUUAACAACAAGGUAAUUUUUACCAACUGGAUGGAUGGGGAGGCUCAGUCGAGGACCGGGCCGUGGGGACGCUAAGCCCCGAAAUUAUGGCAAGGUAACCACAAGGCAUAAGCACUGGUAACCACAAGGCAUAAGCACUGGUAACUACAAGGCAUAAGCACUGGUAACCACAAGGCAUUGUCUACCUAGGUAACCAAGGUAGACAAUGAGUAGAACCCAACUUUUGUCAGCAGUAUUAAGGGGUCUAAUGUCAUAGUGUAUCCAGUACUAAAUAUUCAAAGCUAAAUUCACUUGAUGAACUAAAAGUCUCCUAAAAGGUGGUGCAUGGAAGUAGGAUGCAUCUUAGGGGUUUGUCAUUCUGGAGAACCUAAUUUUGCAAUGAAUGCUGACCGUCAACUUUUUGGGGCUAAACGAAUGUAAACUAAAGCUCCCCAUCCUAAUUUAUUGCAGACUAGACCCAAUACACUAUUACAUACAUUUUGAGGUAAAGCUCCCUUUCCCCAUGUUUGUUACAGGCUAGACCCGAGACAUUAUAUAGUGUGCAAUAUAAUAUAUCGGGUCAUUAUAUAGUAUGACUUAUUGUCAUACCGAGACAUUAAGCACAUCCCAGUGUGUGUGUGUGUGUGUGUGUGUGUGUGUGUGUCACCAGUCAUUGCCUAGUGAAGACCAUGCUUGUCAUAGAUUAAUAUGAUGUGGUGUUUUACUGGUGUAAAACUGUGUGCCUGUGAUCACGUGUACACUUCUCUUUCUCUACAUAAUCUUGUAUUUAUUAUCAUCUGUUGUUUUGCUUAUGAAUUUUAUGUUUUUGUUGAUUUCAUGAACAUAUCCAUAUUAUAAUAUUAAUUAAGUCAAAGAUUUACUUCCUUACUCAAUUUAAAAACAUAAAUGGUUGAAUGAGGUACAGUAUUAGUCCUUAAUAAAAUUUUAAUUCAGGCUUGUCCCAAAUUCAAAUUUGUUGAAUGAUGACUUACUACGUCAGGUUUUGAUAGUGAUGUGUGCGUGCAAUUUUAUGGUUUGCAAAUGCAUGUAAACCAAAAGAGAAGCUUUAAAUUAUAUACAGAAUUGGAUGACAUUUUAGAGUGAAUGUUGCGGAGGGAGUAGCAUGUGGUGUCAGUAUCAGGGUUUUGUGUAAUGGCUAGUGUGUGUGUGUGGUAUUCUCGCGCACAGUGUCCUGGACGAAUACUGCAUUCUCUUCCACAGUGUCCUAAACCAGUACUAUGUUUUCUCCACUGUAAUUACCCAAGUGUAGUUACAGGAUGAGAGCUACGCUCGUGGUGUCCUGUCUUCCCAGUACUCUUUGUUGUAUAACGCCUUGAAACUACUGACGGCACCACCUUCUCACUUAGCUUGUUCCAAGUGUCUACCACUCUGUUGGCAUAAGUGAAUUUUUGUAUUUCUUUGGCAGCUUUGUUUAGUUAGCUUAAAUCUGUGACCUCUUGUUCUUGAAGUUCCCUGAUCUCAAGAAUUCUUCCUUAUAAAUUUUGACGAUUCCCGUUACUAUUUUGUACAUAGUGAUCAUACUGCCCCUCUUUCUUCUAUCUUUGGCAUAUUUAAUUCCACUAACCUUCGUAGCUCUUGUACAUCAAUUCCGAAAGCUAUUUAGUUGCAUGUCUUUGCACCUUUUCCAGUUUGUUGAUGUGCUUAAGAUAUGGGCACCACACAACCGCUGCAUAUUCCAACUUUGGCCUCACAGAGGUCAUGAACAAUUUCUUUAGUAUUUCACCAUCCAUGUACAGUAUUUAAAAGAAAUGUUGAAAUUAAAAAGUUUAGUAUAGGCUACUCAUACAAUGUUCUUUAUGUGGCCCUCAGGUGACCAUUUUCUAUCUAGAACCAUCACUAUAUUUAUCAAAAUUCUUGAAAGCUUUUUUAUAUAAUUUUUAGGUUGUGUGUGGACUAUUUUCUCCUA